UGUUGCUAAUGAGGGUAAUUCCAAUGCAAACACUGCAUCGAUGAAUGAGCAAGUAUUUGGUCCCUCAGUAGCAGCAGUUCAGACACAAUCAGUGCCUCCAAAAGCACCAUUCAAGCCCCCAGCCCAGUCUACAUCACGCCCGGCACGAGGUACAUUCAGGCCUAAGCAACCAGUUAGGAGGAAGACUGUGACAUAUAAACACUCGCAGCCUGUACCACCUGUCCAGAGUGAGCAGCAUCUCCCCUCUCCACAACAACCAACUGCAUCAGGAGCAUCUCCACAGACUUUGGCUGCAGCAGGCAAAGCAACCCAACGGCUGUUUAAGUUCAUCCCCACUCCAGGACUAGACAAGCCAAGUAGUUAA